AUGGCAGAGGUAUGGAAUGCCAAGAUUGUUGGAUAUAGGUCAAAACUGAUCAUCACUCUAUUGAAGGAACUGAGAUGCUACAUUAUGAGAAGGAUGGCUGCACAUCAGAGGGUGUUAGGAACUGUUCGGGGUAAAAUUGCUCCUGCUCAGCAAAAGAAACUGGAUCAGUUAAAGGUACUUAGCAAUUCAUGGACACCCACUUGGACUAGAAAUUUGCAGCAAGAUAUCUAUGAGGUCAGUGGGAAAUGUGAAAGAGUUGGAGUCAAUUUAACAACACAUACAUGUGCAUGCAAUGCAUGGCAGUUGACUGGACUGCCUUGUGAGCAUGCUAUAGCAGCCAUUUGUCACAAAAACGAGCCAGCAGAGAACUAUGUCCAUAAAUGGCUUACAGUGGAUGCAUUGCAUGCCACAUAUGCGCACACCUUAAACCCAGUGAAUUCGGACAAGUAUUGGCCUGCAUCUGAUGAACCCAAACCUCUUCCACCAAAACUUAAAAGGCCAAUUGGGCGUCCCAAGAAACACAGGAAGAAGGACCCAACUGAAGACCAAGAGAGCAUGACAAAGAAAGUCAAAAGGACAUAUGAAGCCAAGUGUACUAAAUGUGGUCAGACUGGACACUAUGCCAAGAGUUGUAAGGGGCCACCAGCUUCCAAAACAGAUAAAAGCCAAGCAAGACCACAAUCUGUGAGGAUUGGCACUGACUCAGUAGAUGAAAUCUCAUUAAGUCAAGGAGGCCCUUCAGAAGUUGGUAGUUCUCAGCAACCACAUCAAGGCAACUUGAGAAGAGGCAGCCCACCUCCUUCAAAUCCAGAAGAAGCAAAUGCAGUGUUGACUGAAGAGACAAUGAAGGCAGCAAGCAGUGGCACACGAAGCAGAUUUAUGCACUUCAUGACAACACCUGGUUUCAGGCCACCAAGGCGAUCCUCAAGAAAAUGA